UGGCUGUGGACAAAAACUUUUAUAUUAAUCAAUUGUUUAUGUUGUGUCGAAAUUAAAAUGGAGUAGUUGUGUGCUUUGCUGGUGCUUCUAUUAACUAGUAUGGCCUAUAUAAACAUAGCAGAAUGGACGCCCGACCAAGUAACAGACUGGAUCAGAGGUCUCGACGAGUCCAUGGAAGGCUAUUUAUACGAAUUUUCAAAACACAAUAUCGGUGGACGAGCCCUGCUUAAUAUACGGCCAUAUGAGUUGGAAAAUUUGGGCAUGAAGGCCAUUGGCCGUCAGGAAAUUGUCCUUGAAGCCGUUGAAAACCUGCGCAACUUUCACUAUCACCUGAAAAAUGAUAAUCUGCAGUUUAUGGCGUUGCAUGUUGGCACCGCGGCGCGCAAUUUACACCGUGAGCUGGCUAAGAAUCAUGCGGAUAGCACGAAGAUUGACACGCGGAUGCUGCACGACAUAACGCGAACGAUUGCGACACUAAAGCCGCUGAUUGGGAACUUGGAGCGUUCGCCGUUUCGGAACCAAGACAUGUAUCGCGAGUAUUGCGGCAAUGUGCUGCGCUGUGGCUUGGAACUGGCGACGAUAGCGCACAGGGAUCGCUUUGCAGAGCGACCGGUGGCACAGAUUCGGGCAACGGCCGAGCGCUUGGAGCGACUGGCGAACUUUAUCAUACAGGACAUCUCGGAUCCGAUGGUGCUGCAGCCCGCCUCUCUCAAUCUGGUGACGCUCAAGAAACGCGAAUCGGAUCUGGGCUUCAACAUUGAGGCCAGCUACAAUAGGAUCCAUCGGGUCACCGACAUCAAGUACAAUUCGCCAGCCCACAACUCGGGCAAGAUCGAGGAUGGCGAUGAGAUUGUGCAGAUCAACUAUCAGACCGUUGUUGGCUGGCAGCACAAAACGGUGCUCCAUCAUCUGUGCGAGGCGCUGCCCGACGUGGUGCUCACUGUGAAGAAGCGACCAAAGCACACCAAAAUGUACGGUCAGAUCUAUAUGCAGCCCUAUCGGCUGCCCAGCAAGAAACGCAACAUGGCCAGUCGCUGGGCAGAUAAUCUGCCCAGUCCGAGUCCGCGUGCCACUUUCCUCACCCUCGAUACGGCGCCCAAAGUCCCAUCCAGCGAAUCCGAGGGCAGAAGCGUCAAAGUGCCCGAGUUGGUGGGCGGGGAGCGGGAACGUAAGCGAGAUGAUGCAGAGCAGGUGCAGGCGCAUGCCGGCGGCUCUGAUUCGGAUUCCAGUUGCAGUGAUAUACCCACACCGACCGAUCCCAAGUCGGUAAGUCGUGAGAUGCGAUUGUAUUAUCCAAAGCCGCGAGCACUGCUCCAGCGACGCAACACAAUUUGCGGCGAUGAGUUUCUCAGUCAGAAGCAUCCGCAUUUGGUGAUACCCUCGUGGCAUGAGCGCAAACCCGGCGUCAGCGGCGGCGGUGGCGGCGGAAGUGGCGUCGUCGGCAAUACCAAUGCUAUCUGUGAUCCUGGCUCGCCCAGCAUUCGCGACAAGUCCAUUUCCUUUGGCUAUGGAUUGGAGAUUGCGCCCAGGCCGACGACAUGCAUCGGUAUGGCAGCCAGCGAUAGUGCGGACACCGCAAAGAGGCUGUUCAACGAGGCGCGCAAAUUGAAGCAGCUGACGGAGGCCGGAUUGGAGUCGCAACAGCAGCUGCAGCUGCUCGAGCGCUACAAGCCCGGCGUUAGCAAAGUGGUGCGUUUCGAUGCCAACAUGAAGGUGGAAGAUUAUGUCGUUAAGAAUGAGAAAUUUACGUGCAAUGUGGAGAACACCAUACUGGAGACGUUCGAGCCGAUUCCGUUUGCGGAUGAGGGCGACGAGGAUGCGCUGGAAACGUUGCGCAGCUGUGCCGGCGAGACCAGUGCCGAGCUGCUCCAGGCCAUGGAGCUGGCUACGCGUAAGACGCCGCCGCUGGCGGAGGCCAUCAAUACGCCCCUAAUCCAAAAUCAGCAGCAGCAGCAGAAUCGUCGCGGCCGUCUCGACAAGAGUCACAGCACGCCCGCCUAUGAUAAUUCUUGUGAGGAGGCUGGCGGCAGCAGUGGUGGCGGUGGAGGUGGUGAAUCCGAUACACCGCCACCUGCCGUUGAGCCUCGCAAGGAAUUUCUGCUGGUGACGCCGCCAGCGCCGCCGCCACGUCCACGCAAGCAAAGGGAACUGACGCCGCCGAUGGUGCCACCACCACCACCCAAACCAGCGAGCAUGCAACAUGCAGCAGUAGCGGCGGCAGCAGCAGCAGCAGCGGCUACUGUGGCAACAGCAACCAUUGUUGCACCCGUGGAGCAGGAGAUCAGUGAGCUGCUCACGCCCAGCAAGACGCGCACAUUGACCCUGAAGAAGAAGCACAGCCUGAUGGCCAAGCGGCGCAACACAAACCUAAAACACCUGGGCACAGGUGAUAUCCAGGGUCAUCUCUACAGGCGAACAAAGAAUCUACGUGGCGUCACCUACUGGGCACGCAUCUACUUCGUGAUGCUGGACACGAUAUUGUACGGGUUUCGCAGCAAGCAGAGUUCCAAUGCGAGUCUGGUCAUCUUUCUGCCCGGCUUCACAGUGUCGCUGGCCAAGGAGGUCCAUUCGAAGCCGCACGCCUUUAAAGUGUAUCAUACGGCGAAGAGUUUCUAUUUUGCCGCUGAGUCGUUGGACGCACUCAAUCAGUGGGUGGAGUUCUUGCGCCUGGCCUCGCUCAAGUUGCCGGCGGUGAGCAGCGAGUCCUGCACCAGCAAGGAUCUCUACUCGGAGAACGAGAGCUCCGGCGAGGAGGAGAGCGAUGUGCUGAUUAACACCAAUCUGUGUACACCAUCACCGCAGGCAUCGAAGGAUGUGAUUGCAACGCUGGCUGCCUCGAACGCUUCCACGCCUACGAGCAGCCUGAGCAGCAAUAGUCUGAAGCAUGAUCGUGGCUAUUUUGACUCGUUGCGCAAGUUCACCAUGGGCACCUUCAAGAGCAAUGCUGCCAAAAGCAGCUCCAGCGAUAUACCCGUGCCCACGGCCAACUUUCAAACGUUUCGCAAGGUGCCCGGCGGCAGCUGUGGCAUCCAAAUUGGCGCCAAUACUCCCGGCUAUCAUGAUCCGGCACAACCGCCUACUACACUCGUCCCUCCGCCAGUCAAGUCGGGGCAGGAGCAGCUGACGUCGGGAGGCACGCUCUCGCGCAAGUUAUCGCGAAGCUCCAGUCGCAGUUCGGUAGUCAGCAUCUCGUCGACCAGCCAGGGACCACCGAAUUCGCCAGCGCCCACGCUUAGUUCACUGCAGCAGGGCCAGAGCUACGAGGAGGAGGAUGAGGAGAGCAACAGCCCCAGUCCCAGUCAGAGUGCAAGCCAGAGUGCCAGUCCCAGCCAGAGUCAGAGUCCCAGCAGCAAGUCCAGCUUGAAGAAAGUGCCCUAUCAAUAUCUGCACGCCUCCAAUCCCAAUCUGGAGGUUUUCGAAUAUCAUCAUCCGCUAACGAAAACGUUCAUGACCAAAAAGGCAGGUGGAACUGGUGGCGGCGGCGGCGUUAGCAACGAUGGUUGCACCUUGGAUCCCCAUCAUCAGACAAAUAAUAUCCAGGGUUAUAUGACCCUAAAGGAUUUAAUGUUACGCAAACAGCACGAGGAAUCCCAGGAGAUGUACAACAAUCGCGUCCAUCUCGGUGUGGAGAAGCACAAUCGUCAUUUGCGCACCGAUUCCAAUGCGAGUCAACAGACGGUAUCGACGUCUGUUUCAACGUCAACGGCUGCCAGUGCUGCGGCCAAGCCACCCGGCAAUGGUGAGAAGCCCGCAAAGUUUCAGACCCGGAGUCUGCCCAAGACGCCGGACUAUGAGUUUAGCUUCAAGCCAGAUGAUGAGAGCAUCAAGCGGACGCGCACCAAGGAGGGACAGAAACUGCGCGACUUUGGCUACGAGCUGAUCUUUGGCGAUGAGCCGGCAACGAGCAGCAGCAGCAGCGGGAGUCAUCACAACAACAGCAAUCACGGCAUCUCGCGGCAAACCAGUGCCAAUGAGUACGAGCGACAAUUGCUGCUCCAUCAGCAGCAGCAACAGUUGGAGAAGGAGAAGCAACAGCAGACGAGCACACGACCCAAAUACUUUUUGCGUUCGCAGCACUUGUCCAGUUUUCUGCACAAGAGCAGCAAGAAGCACCACAACAGUGAGUCGAGCGAUGUCAACUCCAUCACGUCGAGCAGCAGCAGCAGCAAGAACAAGAGCAAAAGCAAGUCCAACAGCAGCAGCAGCAGCGAUAGACGCUUUCCCUUCACGCCGAUGACAAUGACCCUGCCACUGAACAAGAAAUCCAAGUCGAAUCAUGCGCUGGGCAGCGAUGCCAUCGUCGGCAGCCACAUGGCCAGUGGUGGCAGCAACAGCAUUAAGAAGAGUCAGACAUACAAUCAGGAUUUGCGUGAUAAGAUCGUUGGCACCAAAUAUGAUGCGCAUCGCAAGAAUUCGGCACCGAUACCCAUCUUCUCCAAGCUGUCCAUAUCAUCGGCGACAUCGUCGGGUUCCAGUGCGACGCCAACGCGUCCCUCCAAGGAGAAUCGUUUCCUUGGAUCUCCACUGCUGCAUCGCACGCUCUUUGGCCAUCAUCAUCAGCAGCAACCGCAGCAACAACAGCAGCAGCAACAGCAACAUCAUCAUCAUUUGCCUUCACCCAGCAGCAUUGAUCUGGAUGCGGAUUGUGAUCAUGAGAUCUUCUCGCAGGUCAUCCUUCCCACACAGAAUAGUCAGCGUAGUUAUCGUUCCAAUACCAAUCUGUGUGCAUCUGAAGCGUUGCAGCCGCCAUUGCCACCGGCGCCACCGCCACCAACAGCUGCAACAGUUGCAGCGGUAGCAGCAGCGGCAGCAGCAACAACAACAGCAUCGGCAGCAGCAACACCAAAAGUAUCCAACACCAAUUCUCUAGAUUCAAAAGCCGCCACUCCGGACUAUCCCAAUAUGGAAUGUCCGCCGGUUUUUGAGCCGGAAAUUUAUUCGCUCAGCGAGCCAAAUACGAGUCUAUCUCGACUCAUGUUGCGCAACAACAACACCAACAGCAACAGCAACAACACCAAUAACACCAAUACAAACAGCAACACCAACAGUCCCAGUGGCGGCGAACAUCAAACCUAGGUGUGAUGUAAACAAUUGUGAAUGCUCUAUAUAUACUAUACAGAUAUAUAUAUAUACAUAUA